AUGGCUGAGAACUUUGAGGUUUCGCCUCGCCCUCCACAGGGCGUUGACGCAGAAUGGCCCUUGGAUGGUCAGCCCACCGCCCGCUUCGCAGAGCAGGUGGUGGCUGCCCUGGCAAACAAGGGCUAUUGCGUGAUUCAGACCAACAUGAGCGACGAUGCGAGAGAAGCAGCCUGGAAAAGCGCGCAGGAGCAAGACAGGGACUUUUUCCGGAUGAAGCAGGAGGUCGAGACGGGGUACAUGGGUUUCGACUCUAACAACAAGAUAGCCUGGCUCCAAGAGCGCAGGGAAGAGCAGUCAAAUCCGGACGGCCUGAAGUAUCCUGAGGAUGAGGAGCUGAAUAACGCAGCAUUUGAUGCCAGUCAACUGCUUUUUAGAGAUUUGGCGACUAGCAUCGGUCCUAUGGCAGUUUCGAUAGGUGUCACCUUCAGCUACAUCAUGAAUCCGCUUUUGCGAAUGUCCAUGACCAAGAAUGAAGAGGAGGACUACCUGCCGGAGUCCGUGAGGGACAUGAUGCAGGAUCCGGGCUCAGGCUGGUCCGCGCCGCUGCAGGAGUACAUUUUUUUUGCUCGUAGAAGGCGGUUGGGGCUCCUGCACCUCAUUGAGAACCAGGGCGGGGAGAUUUGGUUCUAUCCCCGAGAACAGAAUUUCCUUCCGGGCGCCCAGCGAUCUAUGAGGAUUUCCUGCACUCAGAACACCUUGCUGAUCUUCCGCCACGACGUUAUGGAUUACUCCUACCAGCCGGCUGGCCGCAGUCUGGCGCUGCAAGCCUGGCUGAUGCAGGACACGGGCAAGAGCCAGGCCGUCAAGGAGAUACAAGUGAACCUGGGCCAGAUGGGAGAGCUGGGAGAGGUGGUGUGCAACCCGGGGCCCGAAGUGCCGGACGGGCCCAAGGCCAGCAUCAUGGCCCUCACCACGCGGCUGCCCGGGGAGGCCUGGAGCCCGUCCCAGUACUGGGCAAUGUUUGCUUCCGGAACGGACACCUGCAGCCAGUGGCCCUACAUGCGCUGGGAGACGGAGCCCUACUACGAGGAGGGCGCAGACUCCAUCGCCACGGGCAAGAGCUACACCUGCCACGGCGGCUUUGUGAGCCACGACCAAAUCACCCAAUUCGACAACGUCUUCUUCGGCAUCGAUGAGACCGAGGCCAGGGCCAUGAUCCCAGGCCAGAAAAUGUCCAUGGAGGUGGGGUACGAGUGCCUCGUCGCCUCUGGCUUCAACAAAAAAAGUCUAAAAGGGCGCCGCAUGGGGCUCUGGUUUGGCGAUGUGGGUCCGGAUUGGCAUUCUUUUCAGAUGGAGUGGGCAAGAUUUUGUCCUGACAUCUGCCCAACCACCAUGGGAUUGGCCAUGAGCUGUGCAACCACGGCGGCCCGCAUCGCUCAUACCUUCGACAUCAGGGGCCCAGUUUCUUCCUAUGACACAGCUUGCUCGGCCUCUCUUGUGGCCAUGAAUGCGGCGCACUUGAUGAUGUUCGACUCAGAGAUACCCAGGCCAGACAACGCAGAAGCACUAGUAGUGGGUGUCAACACACUCCUGGGUCCAGGGUCCUUCAUCGGUAACUGCAUGGCCACGAUGCUUUCGCACCAGGGUCGCAGCUUUACAUUUAACAGAAGUGCUGAUGGCUAUCAGCGCGGGGAAGGCUGCGGGGCAGUCUUUGUGAAGAUGUACCAGGGGGACAAGCAGGAUGAGGAAGACCGGGUCUGUGCCCUGAUCGGCACCGCUACAAAUCAAGAUGGCCGCAGUGCCAGCCUGACCGCGCCCAACGGCCCUGCACAGCAGCAGGUCAUCAAGAAGUCCAUGCGCUUUGCAGGGAUCAAUCCCAACACGGUGUCCAUCGCGGAAUGCCACGGCACAGGGACAGCUCUUGGGGAUCCGAUCGAAGUCGGAGCUCUAAUGGCUGUCAUGCAUGAGCGGAAGGUGCCCAUCUUCAAAACCAGCGCCAAGAGCAACAUUGCCCACUUGGAGGCUGGGGCAGGGAUUGCUGGCCUUACCAAGUGCAUCAUGAUGAUCAAUAUGGGCACUGCUCCGCCCAACUGCCACUUCAACAUCAUCAACCCGCAUCUCACCAUCGAAGGCUACCCGGUGUACUUUGACACAGAGGACAUCGACAUCGGACUCAGCAGCCUGUACUGCGGGGUUUCAUCCUUCGGCUUCGGCGGGACCAACUCCCGAGCUGACGUCUUCGGGUACGCCACCAAGGGCCAUAAGGCGGCGGUGAAGGCCAACCUGCCACCCCCCUCAGUGCCUCGAGCGCUGCACAUGGGCCAGACCCUCUACAUCAGUGGGUCCUGGGAUGACUUCACCAGCUACAAGCCCAUGGAGGGUGGGAGGUAUGGCACAUACAUCACCACCAUCACUGUGGGUGAGGCGUGCUGCGAGGAAUUCCAGCUUUCCUGCAGCAAGGUGGUCGGCCCAGACUACGUGGGCAGGGGCAAGACAUUCCUGAUUGAUGGGUCACGAGAUGGGGUGAGUCCAGGCACGCGCUACAAGAUCGAAUUCAAUUGGAUGGAUGACAGGAAAACGAUUUCAUGGUCAGUGGCCCCGGAAGAGGAGCAGGUGGCAGAGGACGGGGAGUUCGCCGACUGCCAAAACGGCUUCCUGGCUUGCAGCACAUGCCGCUGCUUCGAAGGUGUGGAAGUGCCUGAUGGUGAGGAGCCUGGGCUCAUUGCAGUGGGCACUCAGGACGGGGUGGCGCACAUCUACAGCCUGGCCAACCUGCGACUUGCCGGCGCCAUCAACAUUCCCAAGGCCUUGCCAGAAGGCGACUCACAGCACGUGGCGCUGCGCCAUGUGAGGAUGGCGCGUUGCGCGGCAGAGCCAAAACUGCCAGUCACGCUGGUGACCAUUGACCGGCACUCCAAAAUCAGACUCUGGGGUCUGAAGGUCCACGUGCAAAGCGGCAAGCUAGAUCAGCUGAAGCUUUUGCUGGACGCAGGGCAACUGCGGGAGUGCGAUUGCAUUCCCGCAGGCUGGUACGGCCGGCUGAAGGAGAAGCGGGAUGCGGAGGCGCGGAUCAGGAAGAAGAAGAAAGAGGAGGAGCUAGCCAAAGCUGCCAAGGCAAGGGCAGCCAAAGAAGCAGAGGAGGGCAAGAAGGAGGAGGCGCCAGCUGAAGAAGAGAACCAAGCUGUGGAUGAAGGUUCUCAGGGAGAAGGAGAGAACCUUGCUGCAGAAGCUCGCUGGACCAGCAAAGAACCUGUGCGCAUCACGGCAUUUGCUCCUUUGCCAAGCGGCCCAGUGCAGCUGCCCAUCGACUGCUUGGAUAAGCAGCCUUUUGAAGGUCCCGCCACCACUACGAGUGUCAUUGAGCAAAUGAAGCAAUCUCCGGCCUACCAGGCCAAGGCUGAGAAGGUGCCGGAGAAGGAGAGCUCUUCGCUUUUCCUGACCCAGCCGAGCGGUGUGACAGCCAGAUCCCCAGACAAGGUGGAAGAGCCCGAGUGGUCAGGCAGCGACACGGACUGCGAUGCCGCCAAUGUCGUCGCCAGACGCUUCGCGGAGAUGCCAAGGCUACCAGCGUCGGCGCCCAACAUGCUGAUGCAGGGUGACACGGCUGCAGCAGAGGCUCUCCGCAACGCGAAGGAUUCUGUUGCAGAAGAGCUUGGGGAGUUCGGUGACGGAGAUUCUUUGGUCUUCAUUGCUGACGCCGGGGGCUGGCUCUGGUGCCUGGACAUUGCCGGGACGGUGGCAAGACUGCCCACACAGCCCCUGGCUGUGGCCUUGGACGAGGCGAUGGCGUCCAAGGUUCGAGAGCUUCAGAACCGGGGCGAGAAGCGCAACAAGCGGCCUGGACCCGCGGCACCAUGGCGCAGGAUUCUCGAGCUUCCAUCGGCGGCCCAGGCUCUCCCAGCGGGGCAAGUGUGGUGUCCACAGAGGGGCAGAUCGGCAUGCUGGUGGGCUUGCCGCCGAAGCCACGGCCGGAGGUGGUAA